AUGCGUUUCAGCCGUCUUUCCCAUAUCUUAGGGCCUCUUCUUCUCUUUUCUAGUGUAUUAGUAUCGGCACAGCAGUAUCCGAUCACGACCCUUCGUGAGUUUCCAAAUCCAACUUGGCUCGACAGCAGCGCUGUCCGACACAAUGGCGACAUUCUCGUAACAUCUGCGACAACCAACCAGAUCUUUCUAGUCAGGCCUAGGAACCCUAACCAGAUCAUCACAGUUGCAAGCAUCCCAAACGCCAACGGUGCAAAUGGCAUUGCAGAGCUCGAGAAAGAUGUGUUCUACAUCAACGGAGCAAACUACACCUUUGAAACUGGCCCUAUCCAAGGCACUUACGGAGUUUGGAAACUCGAUUUUCGCGGCACGUCACCGAAGUUGUCCCUAGUCACUAUGCUCCCCGAAGCACGUAUCGCGAAUGGAAUUACUCGUCUCCAUCCAACAGAUAACACCUUCUUGUUGAUAUCAGACUCUAUCACGGGCAGCAUCAUCAGAGUUAAUGCCAAGACUGGCGAAUAUGCUACAGUCAUGCAGAUGGCCGAAAUGCUUCCCCAACCCGGGUUCCCUACAGGCGUCAGUGUUCUUCGAACCUAUGAAUCCUAUCUCUAUUUCAACGUCAUCGGAUCCAGUCUUAGGAGAGUGCCCAUCUCAAUCACAGCAGGACUUGCAACAGGACCGCUCGAGACGAUCUUAUUCACAGAUGCCGCGUCCUUCAUAUUGUCGAGAGAUGGAACCAAGGCCUGGAUGUCUUCGCAUUGGAUAAAUGCCUUGCAGGAGGUUGACAUUGUCAAUCGCCAGUCAAAGAUCGUUGUGCAAAACCAAACGGACUUCAUUACCCCAACAGGAGCUGCUCUUGGCAGGAAAGAUGGAAAAGACGUCGUGUACAUCAUAACGGGCGGUGGUUACAGUUUUGACAGUGAGGAGUCUGUUUCUGGUGGAAAGCUUAUUCGGGUAGAUGUCGAGUAGAUCUGGUUUUGUCUAGUAGGCUGGGUCCGUCAAGCUCAUGUAAAUGGCUAGAUCCUGUUCCUCAACACGUCCUGGUUGUGAAUGUACGAAUUGGCCAAAGCUGAUUUGUAAUAUUAAAAAAUCUCAAGUACUUGUCACUUUAG